AUUUUGUUACAUAAUAACUGUACAAAUGUAACAUAAAUAUAACAAACGUGUUUGACCUUUAAUUGAUCAUAUCAGCGUUAUCAGUCAACCACUGGCUGCUUGCAUCACCACUGUCAGAGAUGAGUAGGGAGAUGCACAACGCUACGGUUUUAGGCGAUACGGUAUUUCCAGGUAUUUCCUUACUCAUCUCUGCCAUCGUAACCGCUAGCCUCAUCUCUAUGGCGCUUUCCUCCGCGCAAGUCUGAUCAAUACUUCAUCUCCACUGUGUAGCAGUUUCACUACGGUUUCUAUACCGAAAUACUAAAUAUUGCGAUUAUUCCAUAGCUUUUAUAUAAAUGUUUUCUAUGUACAGUGAUGAUUUGUGUCCCGGAUUUUGAAGAGCAGCGAUUAUGGAAUUUUAUUCGUUAUUUAGUGUCUGCUUGAAGUUGAUGCAAUUUUGGCAUAUAUUGUCAAAAUGAAUUAAAUGAAAUAAGAAAAAUUACGUAAGUUUGGAAAUACGUAUUUAAAGAUGAAAAGACAAAACGUCAGAACGCUAUCAUUGGUAGUGUGCACCUUCACCUAUCUUUUAAUCGGUGCUGCGGUAUUUGACGCUUUGGAGUCGGAUACAGAGAGAAGACGUUGGGAAUUUCUUUCAGAGGUUCGACGUAAUAUGAUGAGAAAAUACAAUAUUACACCAGAGGAUUACCGUAUGGUAGAGAUUGUCAUAAUUGAAAAUAAGCCUCACAAAGCUGGUCCACAAUGGAAAUUUGCUGGAGCCUUUUAUUUUGCUACUGUUGUACUGGCAAUGAUUGGUUACGGCCAUUCCACACCCGUGACAAUAGGCGGUAAAGCAUUUUGCAUGGCAUACGCCAUGGUUGGAAUUCCAUUAGGUCUCGUCAUGUUCCAAAGUAUUGGCGAGCGUUUAAAUAAAUUUGCAUCAGUGGUCAUUAGACGUGCCAAGAGAUACUUAAAGUGUCAAAAGACAGAAGCCACCGAGAUGAAUCUCAUGCUAGCGACAGGAAUGCUGUCAAGUAUAAUAAUCACAACAGGAGCUGCAGUUUUUUCAAGAUACGAAGGCUGGAGCUACUUUGAUAGCUUUUAUUACUGUUUCGUUACACUUACCACUAUUGGUUUCGGUGACUAUGUUGCUCUUCAGAACGACCAAGCUCUGUCAAACAAGCCUGGAUACGUAGCACUGAGUUUGGUCUUCAUUCUGUUCGGUCUAGCAGUAGUUGCAGCUAGCAUAAAUUUACUCGUACUUCGUUUCAUGACUAUGAAUGCCGAAGACGUACGACGUGAGGAUAACGAGUUGCAGCCAGCAUCCCAUCACGUUUUGACUCUUGACGGUGAAGUUGUAGCAGUGAACGGGAAACUCUUGGCUGGCCAUGUUCCUAUGAUUCACGAUACCGAUGAUUGCGUCAGCGUAUGUUCCUGCACCUGCUUGGGUACUGGAACGACGGAACUCUUGGAUUCUUCAGGGUAUCAGGGAUACAGACCACCAUCGAUCACGACUGGUCUUCGUGUGAAACGUGCAUCCGUCUGAUGGAAGGAGUUUCGUCGUCGCAGUUUACGACGUCGAUUAUCUAGUACAGAUAGUCGCGAACUACUUGGCAUCGAUCUGUAACAUUCUGCAAUGUAAAUUGAGUAUUUUUACUUACCACUUUUUUAAUCGUAGAUUAUAAAAUCGAACCUGGAAAUUUUCAUGCGUGAUGCCUGUUAGUGAAUAACAAUAUGAUUUUUAAUGGCAGUUAUGAAGAACGCUCAAUAUGAUGAUAGUCAAAUAUUUUACAAAAAGAGAAUGAAAAAAUAUUCCACUUUUCAUGGCCUGAUUAAAAUUUUUCCGUAUUGGUACUAUUAUACGCCUAUUAAGUUAUGAGGACUUAUCUUACAAAGGAAUCUUUCUGAAUAAUAAUAUACCUGGCUGAAAUAAACGAUAUUAUAGGGUUCACUAAGGUGGAUCGACUAGCCUUAGGUUCAUACGUGAAAAUCAAAAUAGUCAAAUUGAUCGGUAAUCAAUAAUGCUGUCUUUAGAUUUCUACUGGAGCUGACAAAUUGUUGAGUCAACGUUCUAAGUGUUCGCGAGUAUAUCUAAUGGAUUGCGUGAUUUAAAUGUCGCGCUAGUCGUUCAUAAAUGUAUACAUGUAUUCACAGGUAAACACAGAAAGACUGAUUAUGGAAAUGUAAUGAAAACAAAUAUUUAUUAUUUUUGUAUUAUAAGGUUACGUUUACUGCUAAUUAUACCAAGGGAAUAUACGUCGUCGCUGUAUCCCGAUAGGUCUUUACCAAUGACAGCAUAAUAAUACUGUUAAUAUAUACGCACAAGGUGAAAAACUGAAUAAUGUACCCCAUUAUGUAUUAGAAAGUAAAAUGUAAAUUUGACAUUUUAAUAGACAGUAUAGAAUGCGUAAGAAAAUUAUAGAAUAUUGAAUUUGCAUUACUGCAUUGGAAAAAUCAGACAGCUCUCUGAGCAUGCUAAUGUUGCGUAACAUAGUUACGUAUACGUGAAUUAUACCAAAAGUAGUAAUGCUAUAUGACAUUGUACAAAACAUAUGUAUUUUUUAAUUUUAAGAACUUGUUAAUAAAACUGUGUUGUGUAACGGAUAAA